AUGGUGAAUAUCCUAUUCUUCUAUCACCUGGCCUCUGGUCGACUUGUCUAUGACAGUCCUGUUGACGGUGAGAGAGUUGAUGUUGGAAAAUGGCCCGAGUUUGUCAAAGCCCGAUGGUCCAAUACGACUCUCCAGCCUGGUGAAUGUCUCUUCAUACCGAAGCACCACGCCCUUCACUAUGUGCGCGGUUUUGGAGAGGAGAACAUUGCAUAUUCACUUCUGUUUGACACCCACGGCGCUGAGGCCUCGUCACUAUCGAUGGAAGCUGAGCCUGCCAUACCUCUCAUCGAAUUCGAUGUGCUUUGGCCCUUCCCUGGCGACCCUCUCGAGGACGGCUACGGUGAGGUUACUAUGGGCAUGCCAGACUGGAAGGUUGCCUUAGCCCUACCUGCUGUCACAAUGGCUGUCGAGGCCACCUCCAAGAAUUGGUUCACCCCGCUAGAGUUAGCUACUAUCACACGCGAGUACCUAAGGCGGAGCGUGGGACCUAGUCCCACCGUAUUGGCUAGGAUAAGCCCGUUGGUCUUGAAAUACGGAGAGCGACUUGCCACUAAAGGAUGGAGUGUCGAAGAGGUUUUGACGGACUUAGCGCCUUACUGGAGGGAUGUGAUAAGACUCAUUGAGCAUCAUGACCCGUUGUCGUAG